AUGGGUAAUUGCGAAACCAGCAACACAGUUAUAGGUGAUCCACAGUUUCAAUAAAUUGGAAGUUUGGCAUAAGCAAGAAACUUCAGCACAACAUACAAAAGCGAAUAUGUUGAAGUACAUGGCAAUCUAGCUGUCGUCGAAGAACAAGAGGAGGGAGGCCUUGUUCUUCUGGAUGAAGUAGCCAAGGAAUAAGACAUAUUAAAAGUCAAGAUUUGUUGUGACACAAUUUAAACAAGCAUAGGAAUUGGAGUUGUUGAUUUCGAUAUCAUCAAGGAAACUGACUUUUCCGGAAACUGUAACUAUGGAUUGAAUCAUGGAAUGUGGAUUGUCUAUUCGGACAAACUGGUUGCUGCCUCCAAUGAUGAAGCACUCGAUAAGAAAUCUUUGGGUAUCGAAGUGCAUAAAGGGGAAAUUAUAGAAUGUCUUAGAAAUGGGGAUGUCUUCUCUAUCAGAAAAGCUGGAGAGAACAACAAAUCCAUAACCUUUAAGUUGCCCCCAAACAAAAAUUACAGAUUUGCAGCCUAUUUAUUCAGUGGUUGGGACAGCAAAGAAGCCAAAGUAUCAGAAGCAAGAAUUGAAACAUUAUGAAAUACAUAAAUAAUGUUAUUAUU